CUCUUGGCUUCUCUAUUCUGUGAGGAAAUUUUCAUUAUUUUCCUAACUGUAGAGGUCUUCAUUGCUGGUAGCAUUUCCUGACUUAACACUAGAACAAAAGUUAUGGCAAAUAAAGAGUGGAAAAAUGGAACAGUUGUUACAGAGUUCAUCCUCCUAGAUUUUGGGAAUGGCCCUGAACUAGAUUGUUUUCUCUUCCUGAUGUUUCUGUCGAUCUACUUUGUGACCAUAACUGGGAACACGUGCAUCGUUGUGCUGGCGGUGGUUGACCAGCACCUCCACACCCCAAUGUACUUCUUCCUGGGCAAUUUGGCCUGCUUGGAAAUCUGCUACAGCUCCAAUAUCUUGCCAAGGAUGUUGCUCAGCUACGCAGGUGGAGACAGGCGCAUUUCAGUCAGGGGGUGUUUCACACAGUACUAUUUCUUCGGCUGCCUGGCGGGUGCAGAGUGUUACCUGCUGGCCGCGAUGUCCUACGACCGGUACCUGGCGGUGUGUGAGCCCCUGCACUACCCAUCCCGCAUGGACACCAAGCUCUGCCUCCGCCUGGGCGCUGCAUCCUGGGUCAGUGGCUUUCUGUCCAAUUCCAUACUGACGUUCCUGAUCUCAAAUUUGGAUUUCUGUGGGCCGAAUGAAAUCGACCACUUUUUCUGCGACUCCUUCCCGGUGAUGAAACUCUCCUGCAGCGACACGCGGGUGGCGGGAUUUGUCACUUCUGUCGUGGCAGGUGUGUGCUCGCUGCCUCCAUUCCUGUUGACCUUCUCAUCCUAUCUCUACAUCAUUGCCACAGUCGUGAGAAUUCCUUCUGCCACUGGAAGGAAAAAGGCCUUUUCCACUUGCUCCUCACAUCUGAUUGUGGUGAUUCUUUUUUACUGGUCAAUAGUAGUUGUCUACAUACUCCCUUUUCACGAUACCCACAUAUUGCCAAACAAAGUCUUCUCUGCUUUUUACACCAUUCUCACCCCCCUGGUCAACCCUCUCAUCUACAGUCUGAGAAACAAAGAAAUAAAGAAAGCUCUGCAGAAGCAUAUGAGAAAAUUGCUGGCUUUCUGA